GUGCUGCCCCUCGGCCGCCGUGGAACACGCAUUCGCGCCGCCCGGCCGGUGCUCUCCGCGCUGCUCUCCUCUUGCCUCUGCUGCGCUCAUUUGUUUUAAAUUUUUUUUCGUCCUCCUCCCCUCCCAUCUUUUGGGCGCUUCUCCUCUCGCCCGCCCGCCCGGCGGGCUGCCUCCGCGGGCGCGCAGCGCGGGGCCAUGCCGCCGGGGCCGCCGCUGCUUCGGGGCUCCCUCCUCCUCCUCUUUCUCCUGCACUUCUUCGGCCCCCCGGCCCGUGGUGCCGUCUACAGCAACCAUUUCUUGGUGGAGCUGCACGACGGGGACCAGGCGGAGGCCGAGCGGGUAGCGGCGGAGCACGGCUUCGGUGGGGUGCGGAAGCUCCCUUUUUUAGAAUCUGGAUACUUUUUUUAUCACAAUGGUCUUGCUAAAGCCAGGAGAAGACGCAGCCUUCAACACAAGCUUCGUCUGGAAAAGGACUCCAGGGUGAGGAAAGUUGUGCAACAGGAGGGAUUCAUCCGAAGGAAGCGAGGAUAUAGAGACAUCAAUGACAUUGACAUCAUCAUGAAUGAUCCUUUAUUUACAAAGCAGUGGUACCUGAUUAACACUGGUCAAGCAGAUGGGACUCCUGGACUUGACCUUAAUGUAGCUGAAGCAUGGGAGCUGGGAUACACAGGGAAGGGAGUAACCAUAGGAAUUAUGGAUGAUGGAAUUGAUUAUCUGCAUCCAGAUCUUGCAUCAAACUACAAUGCCAAAGCCAGCUAUGACUUCAGCAGCAAUGAUCCCUACCCCUAUCCCCGCUAUACAGAUGACUGGUUUAACAGCCACGGGACAAGGUGUGCAGGAGAGGUGUCUGCUGCUGCCAACAACAACAUCUGUGGUGUGGGAGUUGCGUACAAUUCCAAAGUGGCAGGUAUUCGAAUGCUCGACCAGCCGUUUAUGACAGACAUUAUUGAGGCUUCCUCCAUCAGUCAUAUGCCUCAAGUCAUAGAUAUAUAUAGUGCCAGCUGGGGACCAACUGAUAAUGGGAAGACUGUGGAUGGACCUAGAGAGUUAACGCUGCAAGCAAUGGCAGAUGGUGUGAAUAAGGGCCGGGGUGGAAAAGGCAGUAUCUAUGUCUGGGCCUCUGGAGAUGGAGGCAGCUAUGAUGACUGUAACUGUGAUGGUUAUGCAUCGAGCAUGUGGACAAUCUCCAUCAAUUCUGCCAUAAAUGAUGGACGGACAGCUCUGUAUGAUGAAAGCUGCUCUUCAACCUUAGCCUCCACCUUUAGUAAUGGGAGGAAGAGAAAUCCAGAGGCUGGUGUGGCUACAACAGAUUUGUAUGGCAACUGCACCCUGCGUCAUUCAGGCACGUCUGCAGCUGCCCCUGAAGCAGCCGGAGUGUUCGCCCUGGCCCUGGAGGCUAACUUGCAUCUGACAUGGAGAGACAUGCAGCAUCUGACAGUGCUCACCUCCAAGAGGAACCAGCUUCAUGAUGAGGUUCACAGGUGGCGUAGGAAUGGCGUUGGACUGGAGUUCAACCAUUUGUUUGGCUAUGGUGUCCUAGAUGCAGGAGCCAUGGUUAAGAUGGCAAAAGACUGGAAGACUGUUCCUGAGAGAUUCCAUUGUGUUGGAGGGUCAAUACAGGAACCUGAAAAGAUACCACCAAGUGGCAAACUGUUCCUCACACUGACAACUGACGCAUGUGAGGGGAAGGAGAACUUUGUCCGGUACCUUGAACAUGUGCAGGCAGUUAUAACUGUGAAUUCCACUCGGCGAGGAGAUCUCAACAUCAACAUGACCUCACCAAUGGGAACAAAGUCCAUUUUGCUGAGCCGGCGCCCCAGGGAUGAUGACUCCAAGGUGGGUUUUGACAAAUGGCCUUUCAUGACCACUCACACUUGGGGAGAAGACCCCCGAGGCACCUGGGCUCUGGAGAUUGGGUUUGUUGGCAGCCAGCCCCAGCGGGGUGUGCUGAAGGAGUGGACACUGAUGUUGCAUGGGACUCAGAGUGCACCGUAUAUAGACCAAAUCGUAAAAGAUUAUCAGUCCAAGCUGGCCAUGUCCAAGAAGGAAGAGCUGGAAGAAGAGUUAGAUGAAGCAGUGGAGAGAAGCCUGAAGAGUAUACUGAGCAAGAAGUAGUGCUGUGUUGCAUGACGGUGUCUUUCCUUCCCCAGACCCCUCUACUCACCGUUCUACUAUCCAAACCUCUGUGUUAGACGUAUUACAAUGAUUGUCUCUCUAGACAAAUUAUCAUCCUUUCUUGAUUUUAAGGUCUUAUAUCUCGUCAAUAAUUAUUUUACUUGCCACAGAAGCAGUCCAUUUUUUAUCUCUAAGCCAAAAAAUGUACUCCCACCAAAUAGUAUGUACAGUUUGUGACUGUAAAUGAUGAUUUUUCUUUUGUGUCAUACAAAUAGGUAAUAACCAGCAAAGAAGUUAAUGGCUUUUCCCUUCAUAUUUCUGUGAUAUAUGUUUGUAUUUUAAAACAAGUGAAUUUUUUACACUGGAAGUUGGUGAUAAUUGAGCACAUUUUAAAAAGUGACAGAGAGAGGGAAUCACAAAGAGGUUGUAUGGAGAGGUCUUUGAACAUGCUCCUUCUGCAUCACUGACUUCAGUGGGACUUCCUCCAUUGGGUUUAACCAAAGUACCAUUAGACCCUACAAAAAGAAAUAAUCCAGAGAUAAGGAACAUUCACCAAUCUGAUUGGCAGAAAUCCAAUUCUUUUGAGAGUUUUACUUCAUACUACAGUUACACUACAUACACACUUCAGCUACAGGAUGGAUCAACAGAUAUGCAAUAAGGAAGGCAAAGCAAUGCCAAAGCUGGGUGGCAGGGAGAAGUGAUUUGCAAUCUGGGUCAGGGCCUCCUAGAAGCACAAAUCCCAGUUUUGCUAGAGUUUUUUUUUAGUUUGGUUGUUUUGGGGAUUCUUUUCCUGUGUUAUUGGUUUUGGUUUUUGUUUUGUUUUGUAAUUUUAGCAGUUUAAAUCAAUUUACCAUCUUACAGCACAACAAGCACAUAGGGAUGAGCUGUAGGAUUUCUGGCAGCUUGUGUGCAUCUUCUGGUCUCUCUACUGAGAUGUUCUCCAGCACUGUAAAAUGAGGCUGUGUCAGCAUUACCAACCACAGGCACCUGUUUUCUGGGGUUUGCAACCCAGCUGCUAGUAAACUACUGUGGGGAAAAUUUGAAGCACACAGUUUCAGUCCCAAAGCAAUUUUUAAUUUAAAAUUCUUUUUUUAAAGCUAUAUAUUUGCUGGUAUUAUGUUAUACAAAUAUAUUUAAGGAGAAAAAUAUGCUGAAGUUAUUAAAGUGUAAUGCAAUGUUGGCCUUCUUGAGAAAUAAAAUGUAGUAUAUUUGGGAAGAUUUGCUGGCAGUCAUUGUUUUUUCUGUUUAAAGUCAGUCCCACCUUGACUUUUUGGACAUGAGUUAAAGUCCAUUUCUCUCACCCUCAAGAGUAUGCUCUGGCUAUUGCUGCAAAACAUAACAUUCUCCCUGGUGGGAAUUACUGAUGGAAGCAACCACUACAUGUUCUCAGGUGUGAGAUCCCAAAUUUAACCUUUGAGAAAUAAAGGGUCUUGAUUCUGCAAAUAUUUAGGCACUUGCACUAAAGCCCAUCAGUGGACCUACUUAAAUGGUAAUUUUAAGCAGAUAUUUCAGAUCUUUGCAGGAUCCAAGAUCUACAUUUUAGCAGUGACUAGUUUCAGAUUUUUUUAUUUAUUUUUAAUAUGCAGAGUAUGAAUCUAAGAUGCUUUAAUAAGAGUUGUUCUGGUUGAUCCGGUGCAUAGUAGUAGAAACACAUUCAGUAAGUAAAUAUUUAUCUAACAAAUUAAAAACAUAACCCAAAGGUUCUAUGGUGAACGUGUUUCACUUAAGAAUGCAUGAGAAUAAUGUUAAUUCAAGAGACUAUCAAUCUUUUAUUUUUCUGUAAGAGGUUUGUUCUUUCCUUUUCCAAAUGAAAAAUUAACAGCUUAACCUAUUCAAAGUCUAUGUGAAUUACACUCUAAAGCCAAGUGAAGCAGCCUCACACUACUCACAGGUUUCUCAUUGCAUGCAGCAGUCCCAUCAGAAAAAUUUACCAUAUAUAUAUAUGUUUAUGCACACACCUGUAUGACUAAAUACAUACACACCUGUGGUAUUACUCUCUGUGUGUUUUAAAUAUAUAUAUAAAACAUACAAUAUAUAUAUUCAGAGUAUGUUACAUAUAUUUGCAUAUAAAUAUGUCUAGAAUUACAUAUGGUAUGUAUGGUAUAAUACACAUACAUCGUAACUUUUUGUGUGUAUGUGAUCAAAGAGGUUACUGAAAGUUUUUACUGGACUUCCAAAAUCUGGAAGUUUUGGAAUAAGAAAAGUCCAUGUGGAAUUCAUAAAUGAACAUGUACAUGAUUUUCCAUUGCAUUCAUGUAAUUUUUCAGUUGUCUGGUAAAUUAUUAAAUAUAAAGCAGCAAAAUAAUUAGAUGGCUGUCCAUACUUUCAUAAUGCUGACAUAAUUUACUGAUUGAAAAAUCACAAUAAUGAGUGAAAAUGGUGAAUUUUGAUGUAAUUAUAUAUAUAUAAAACUGCAUUUAUAUACAAUAUAGAGAUCUACUUCAGAUUCUUGGGGAUUUUUGGUGCAAGGAAUCACUGAAAAAUAUGUCCAGUUAGACUGAGUUUUUAUGGUAUUGCUGAUGCAAGAGAAAGUUAAUUUUUUAGUAUUUAUAAUAAAAGGGAAAAUUAAGCUCAUGAUGCAAAACAGGUGAGCCCUGUGAUGAUGUUUUAUAAUAUCAGUAAAAUAAAGAGCUGUUAAAAACUGGCA